GACGCCGGGCGCCCUGCUGGGCCUGUGAUUCCCCGCUGCCUCCCCUUCACCCACAGCCGGCCUCAACCCGCCCCUUGGGCUCCACUGGCCUUCCCCGGCCCCCUCGGUGACCGUCAGUGGGCAAAGAAGACUCGGAUUCCCCGCAGGCCUCCAGCUUUAAGAAGGCAAACAUGGCAUCAACUGCCCAGCGAAAAAGGAUGAGUCCUAAGCCAGAGCUUACUGAAGAGCAGAAACAGGAAAUCCGAGAAGCUUUUGAUCUCUUCGAUGCUGAUGGAACUGGGACUAUAGAUGUUAAGGAACUUAAGGUGGCAAUGAGGGCACUGGGAUUUGAACCCAAGAAAGAGGAGAUCAAGAAAAUGAUCAGCGAAAUUGAUAAGGAAGGGACAGGAAAAAUGAACUUUAGUGACUUUUUGACUGUGAUGACUCAGAAAAUGUCUGAGAAAGAUACCAAAGAAGAAAUCCUGAAAGCUUUCAAGCUCUUCGAUGAUGAUGAAACUGGGAAGAUAUCAUUCAAAAAUCUCAAACGCGUGGCCAAGGAGUUGGGUGAGAACCUCACUGAUGAGGAGCUGCAGGAGAUGAUUGAUGAAGCUGACCGAGAUGGAGAUGGAGAAGUCAAUGAGCAAGAGUUCCUGCGCAUCAUGAAAAAGACCAGCCUUUAUUAAGAUCGGUCUCUUCUUUUCUACUGCAAGCACAUGUAUCUCGAUUUAGUGCCUGCCAUUGUGUGAAACCUGCUUUUUGAGAACACAACCUCUUUUUCCCCCAUUGACCUCCCUGUAUAACUUUAGUAACAACCUCGCAUCUUAGACUCUUGAAACUGUUCUUUGACAUUGAAAUUCUUUGUAAGGUGACCUGCUGAUUACUUUAAUUCCCCAAAGCAGAAUGAGAGCACAUUAGAGUGGAGAAAAGCUUUUACCCACCUACCUUUCUGCCUUUUAUCGCUUUGCUCUUAUCAUGCGUUCCCACAUUUGUAUCACCACAGAACGACUUCUUAGAAAAGCACAUGUACCCGUGUCACCACAAGCAGGGAGCAUCUCUUCAAUGGUUCCAGUUUUAAUUGUCACCUGAGUGCAGGUUUCCCUUUUAUAAAACCCAGUGAUCUCUCUCACUUGCAUUUGGAUGUGUGUUUAUGCUAUUUGUUUUGUCUUAAAAAUAAAGCCUUUCUUAUUU